AUGUUCGCAGCUUCCAAUCCGAAAUAUGCGAACAAAAUCGAAGAAGAGCUAGCCAUCAAAAGGCAGCGUUCUGCGGAUAGUGAGGCCUCAGGGCCAUUAAAAAAGCAGAAGCACAGGCACGAGACGGCUAAACCGAAAAACGGAGACGAAAGACCUACGACGUCGAAAGCAGCAGCAGCGGCCAGUGAAAUUGCCAAGAGACACCUCAUAGUGGCACUCUCUGACCCUAGCGACCAGCUGGGGCGAAUGUCGCAGGAACGAUGGAAGGUAGUGGAAAUGAAGCUACUAGAAACCUUGUUUACUAAAAUGGACGCAGAGUCGAACGGACCCAUGCCAGCAUUCGACGGAGCAGGGUGGUUCAGCGGUGUCAAAAUCAUAAAAUGCAAGGAUGACCCCACGCUCACAUGGCUAAAGGAAGCGGUAAAAACGCUUCACGGCCUGUGGGAGGGGGCAUCACUGGAAAUUGUUGAUCGCAGCUGCAUUCCCUCAAUACCGAAGGCAAAGGUUUUCAUUCCGCGAAUGGUAAAACCGGAAUAUGCGCUGCGACUACUACAACGACAAAACACGGACGUGCCGACAGACGAUUGGAAAGUGUUGAGCGUGACAAAACCAGCAACUGCUAAUGGUGGCCAGGACUACAUUAUCCAAAUCAACAAGCCGGCAGAGGACCUGGAAGCCUCCCUCAAUAUACAGGAAGUGGAGAAGGGUGACUUGGAGGUAGUAUCCAACCCCGAGAAGGUACUGAGGCCAGAUGCUGAAAGUCCUUCAGAUAAACCUCCACAAAAGUAA